UUGUUUUUUGGCUCUCCGUGGCGCCGCGGCACCCUGAUGGUGCGGACGGUCGGCGCACGGUGGCUCGAGCUGCCGCUUGGACACAACACCCGGUGAUUUUCAGCUCGGAGCCACGGUGCACGGCGGUGAUGAUGAUGAUGAUGAGACGCGGUUAAUCCGAGGGAUGCUUUGCCACUCGAGUCGGAUUUACAUGCUGUUUCUUCAGUGGAAUCGCGUGACGAUGACCUCCAACCGCGCUCUACCCCGUGCCGUGCUCGCCGCAACCCGAGAGACAAGCACGCACCCCCGGUUCAAUGCGCACGAGAGGACAUCGUCUCCCCAAAAUCGUUGAGCGCCCUCACAACCGGGAAGGAAGGGAGGGAUCAUUUUAACCCACACAACCGAAAAGGAGGACAAUAACAGCGGCAGCACGCGGCGGCAGUGAUGGAGCUGUCCGAGGUCCGGUGCUCCAGCGCGAGCGAGGAGCUGUACACAAUCAACAAGACCCCGAGCAGCAGCAACAACAGCAACAGCAGCGGCAGCGCGCGACCCAAACGGCUGCUGUGGCAGAACGCGGUGCGGCACAUCACCGAGCAGCGCUUCAUUCACGAGCAGGGCGGCGGAGGCGGCGGGGUGAAGGGCAUCAGGCCGGACGAGCCCUACGACCCGAGCCAGGAUGCGCGGAAGCAGUCGGCGGGGCGGACGUCGGUGGGAGACCGGCACAACAACGGCGGGACCAAGGUGUUCCCGGAGCGCGCGAGCAGCGACCUGGGCUUCCUGCAGAUCGACUGCGCGCCCAGCAACUCAGACUUUUUCCUGAACUGGGGCUACACGUACCGGGGCGUCAUCUUCCCCACGCUGCGCAACGCCUUCAAGUCCCGAGACCUGGAGCGGCUCUACCAGCGCUACUUCCUGGGCCAGAGGCGCAAGUCCGUGGUGGUGAUGAACAUCCUGGACGUGAUGACCAAGCUCACCCUGCUGGUGCUGCACCUCACGCUGGCCUCCUCCCCCAUGGACCCGAUCAAAGGGACGCUGCUGGGCUUCUUCACGGGCAUCGAGGUCGUCAUUUGUGCCUUAGUGGUGGUGCGGAAGGACACCACGUCGCACAGCUACCUGCAGUACAGCGGCGUGGUCACCUGGGUGGCCAUGGCCACGCAGAUCCUGGCGGCCGGACUGGGCUACGGGCUGCUGGGGGACGGGGUCGGGUACGUGCUCUUCACCCUGUUCGCCACCUACAGCAUGCUGCCGCUGCCGCUCACCUGGGCCAUCCUGGCCGGCCUGUUCACCUCGGGGCUCCACAUCCUGGUCCAGCUGCUCAUCUCCCAGAAUGCACAGCUCUCUACCAACCAGGUAGCGGCUCAGGCCGUGUUGUUCAUGUGUAUGAACACUGCGGGGAUUUUCAUCAGUUACCUGUCAGACCGGGCUCAGCGUCAGGCCUUUUUGGAGACGCGGCGCUGCAUCGAGGCUCGGCUGCGACUCGAGACAGAGAACCAGAGACAGGAGAGACUGGUGUUAUCAGUCCUGCCACGUUUUGUAGUUUUGGAAAUGAUCAACGACAUGACAAAUGUAGAGGACGAACACCUCCAGCAUCAGUUUCACAGAAUCUACAUCCACCGCUAUGAGAAUGUCAGCAUUCUUUUCGCAGAUGUUAAAGGCUUCACAAACCUCUCCACGACGCUGUCAGCGCAGGAGCUGGUGCGAAUGUUGAAUGAACUCUUUGCACGCUUCGACCGCCUCGCACAUGAGAACCACUGUCUACGAAUAAAGAUCCUGGGAGACUGUUACUACUGUGUGUCUGGUCUACCGGAGCCCAGACAGGACCACGCCCACUGCUGUGUGGAGAUGGGCCUCAGCAUGAUCAAAACCAUCAGAUAUGUGAGAUCACGUACGAAACACGACAUCGACAUGCGUAUUGGGAUCCACUCGGGCUCCGUGCUGUGCGGCGUGCUGGGACUCAGGAAGUGGCAGUUUGACGUCUGGUCCUGGGACGUGGACAUCGCCAACAAGCUGGAGUCUGGAGGGAUCCCGGGGAGGAUUCACAUCUCCAAAGCAGCUCUGGAUUGUUUAAAUGGCGACUACGAGGUGGAGGAGGGCCACGGGAAGGACCGCAACGACUUCCUGCGCCGCCACAACAUCGAGACGUACCUCAUCAAGCAGCCGGAGGAGAGCAUGCUCACCCUGCCGGAGGACAUCAUGAAGGAGGCGGCCAGUUCAGCAGACCGCCGCGCCAGCAGCACCACCUUCAACGAGGCGUCCUGGAGCCCAGAGCUGCCCUUCGACAACAUCGUGGGGAAGCAGAACACUCUGGCUGCCCUAACGAGAAAUUCGAUAAAUCUGCUUCCAAACCAUCUCGCACAAGCUUUGCAUGUCCACUCUGGUCCUGAGGAAAUUAACAAGCGAAUAGAGAGCGCCAUCGACUUACGGAGUGGCGAUAAGUUGAGAAGAGAGCAUAUCAAGCCUUUCUCACUGAUGUUUAAAGACUCCAGCCUGGAAGAGAAGUACUCCCAGAUGAGGGACGAGGUGUUCAAGUCCAACCUGGUGUGCGCCUUCAUCGUGCUCAUCUUCAUCACCACCAUCCAAAGCCUGCUUCCCUCCGCCAGGAUGGUAACCAUGGUGAUCCAGUUCUCAGUCCUCAUCGUGCUCCAUUCCUGUCUGGUGCUAGUUACGACGGCGGAGGACUACAAGUGUCUGCCUCUGGUCCUGCGCAAAGCAUGCUGCUGGAUCAACGAGACGUACGCGGCGCGAAACGUCAUCAUCUUCGUCUCGAUCCUCAUCAACUUCCUGGCAGCCAUGAUCAAUAUACUGUGGUGCGACUUCGACAAGUCCAGCACCUUCAGGAACCAGACGUACAACGAGUCGGCCUCCAUCCCAGACAUCUGCUUCUACCCAGAGUAUUUUGUGUUCACCGGGGUCCUGGCGAUGGUGACGUGCGCCGUGUUCCUGCGGCUCAACUCGGUGUUGAAGUUGGCGGUACUGCUGGUGAUGAUCGCCAUCUACUCGCUGCUGACGGAGGCGUUCUACACCUCGCUGUUCGUUCGCUACGACACCGUCCACCACAACACAGAAAACUUCCUGGGAACCAAAGAGACGUCUUUACUCCUGAUGGCCAUGUUCCUCCUCGCUGUGUUUUACCACGGCCAGCAGCUGGAGUACACGGCCAGGCUCGACUUCCUAUGGCGCGUCCAGGCCAAAGAGGAGAUCAAUGAGAUGAAGGAGCUGCGAGAACACAACGAGAACAUGCUGAGGAACAUCCUGCCCAGCCACGUGGCCCGACACUUCCUGGAGAAGGACCGGGACAACGAGGAGCUGUACUCGCAGUCCUACGACGCAGUGGGCGUGAUGUUUGCAUCCAUCCCGGGCUUCGCUGACUUCUAUUCCCAGACUGAGAUGAAUAACCAGGGAGUCGAGUGCCUCAGGCUCCUCAACGAAAUUAUUGCAGACUUUGACGAGUUGCUCGGUGAGGAUCGUUUCCAGGACAUCGAGAAGAUCAAGACGAUUGGCAGCACCUACAUGGCCGUCUCUGGUCUGUCGCCGGAAAAACAGCAAUGUGAAGAUAAAUGGGGUCACCUGUGUGCGUUGGCUGAUUUCGCCAUCGCGCUCAACGAGAGCAUUCAGGAGAUCAACAAGCACUCGUUCAACAACUUCGAGCUGCGGAUCGGUAUGGCCCACGGCUCGGUGGUGGCAGGUGUGAUUGGUGCCAAGAAGCCUCAGUACGACAUUUGGGGGAAGACGGUGAACCUCGCCAGCCGGAUGGACAGCACGGGGGUCAGCGGCAAGAUCCAGGUACCGGAGGAGACCUACCUGAUCCUGAAGGAGCGUGGCUUUGCCUUCGAGUACCGCGGCGAGAUCUACGUGAAGGGCAUCAGCGAGCAGGAGGGCAAGAUCCGAACGCACUUCCUGCUGGGCCGCGUGCAACCGAACCCCCUCAUCCUGCAGCCGCGUAAAUUCACCGGCCAGUACUCGCUGGCGGCCGUGGUGCUCGGCCUGGUGCAGUCGCUCAACAGGCAGAAGCAGAAGCAGAUCCUCAAUGAGAACAACAACUCGGGCAUCAUGAAGGGGCACCACCACUACAACCGGAGGACGUUGUUAGCGCCCGGUAGCUCCGAGGUGGGAGGAGGGCAUCACACGGAAGCAGCUGAUAAGACUGAGCUGUCCUGAAGAGCAGACUGGAGUU